AUGUCCGUGGUACGUCGGCAUGCAGCAGGAUGGCUCCUGGAUCAUCUCUCUUUCAUCAACCGGUGCGGCUAUGAGAUCUGUGACACCUCUGCACCCCCUGGCGGUGUCACUCUCAAUACUUCUGUCACUUCUGCUGGGGAUAGUCAUGCUGCUUCUGCCUUUGCUGCUACCUUCUCAUCGAGAGACAGUCCUAUUCCUGGUCCUGGAGACGUGAUCGAAACAGAAAGUAAAAUAGCAAAAAAGAGAUAUGUGUUUCGGAAGGAGUUCUUUGACGUUUCUAAGCCCUAUAUAGCCACAGCUUCUGAGGAGCAGCUGUGGCAGGGAAGCCCCGAGUCGGGGGUGCCCGAAGGAAAGGCCAACAGUGACAGAGAGGAACACCAAGAAGGAACCAAGAGUGGCACUGAAGAUUCUGUUGCCAGUGCUAGGAAGAAACGAAAAAGGAAAUGUGUAUUCAACCAAGGUGAACUGGAUGCUUUAGAAUACCAUUCAAAGGUCAGGAAGCUCAUUUGGGAAGGCACUUUGCCCUUAGUCCAAGAAGGACUCAAAAGUGGUUUUCUUCACCGCACUACUUCUCAACUCAGUUGCAGGAAGAACAUUGUUCCUGGACACAUUGGCUGUGGGUUGGCUGAAUUAUGUGAAAUGGCCAAGCAGUUUCCAGAUGUAAAUGCAGGCAACCAUCGAACUGUACAUCUGCUAGAUGAUGAAACCGCCGUUCCAGAGCAGGACCUGCUUUCCUGUGUUACAGAAAACAACUCAAAUUGUGCAAAGAUGAUUGUGUUAAUGGGGCAGAAGUACUUGGUGCCACCAAAAAGCAGUUUCCUUUUAUCUGAUAUUUCAUGUUUACAGCCCCUGACUUUAAACAAAAAGAAAUAUGAUGUAAUUGUGAUUGAUCCACCAUGGGAGAACAAGUCCGUUAAAAGGAGUAACAGGUACAGCUACUUGUCUUCAUGGCAAAUCAAGCAGAUUCCUGUACCAGCAUUGGCUGCUGCAAAUUGUCUUGUAGUCACCUGGGUGACUAAUAGACAGAAGCACUUACGUUUUGUUAAGGAUGACCUUUAUCCUCACUGGUCUGUGAAAACACUCGCUGAGUGGCACUGGGUAAAAAUCACUACAGCUGGAGAAUUUGUAUUGCCUUUGGAUUCUUUACACAAAAAGCCUUAUGAAGUUCUUAUAUUGGGGAGAGUUCAAGGAGUUGAAAAGGAAGCUGUAAGGAAAUCUGAAGAUGUACUUCCAGUUGCAGAACAUAAGUUAAUUGUCAGCAUACCCUGCAGUCUGCAUUCACAUAAACCCCCUCUUACUG